AUGGAGGAGAUUCUGUGGCUGCGUAUCUUCAAGACCAUCGUGGGUAUUGUCGGCAUCUUGGGUAACGGUCUCGUCUGUCUUGUUAUCGGUAGAGUCUCAUCGAUGCAGACUCGCACCAACGCCUUCAUCUUCCACCAAGCUGUGGUGGAUCUUCUUGGUUCAUUUAUGACUCUUUUGCAGAGUGAGGCCCCGCUACCCGACCCCGUGCCAAACAACGCCUUUGGGUGGGUAGUGUGCCACGUUUGGUACUCCAACUUCGUACUUUUUCUUCUGUUCAUCAUAUCAACGUACAAUCUGUUGUCGUUGACUAUGGAGCGGUACUUCGCCAUUAUUCACCCGUUCAAGUACCAAGCAGCCUUCGCCAAGCGCCCAAGACUGAAAGUUAGCGUGAUCAUUGCGGCGUGUUGGAUCACCGCGAUAAUCCUCAAAUCCUACAACCUCACCAUCUUCAAGAUGCAAGACGGAAGGUGCGUCUCGAAUGCCGAGAAUCGGUCCAAAAUCAUCGGGGGCCUGACGGCCGUUCUGCAGUACAUAGUGCCGGUGACAGUGAUGCUGUUUGCGUAUAUUCGCAUCAGUGUGGAGCUCAAGAGAGGUGCGGCCCGGGUUGGACCGGCACCGGCCAACGUAGGUCCAGCUGCCGGAGCAUCGUCGGAUGACAACGCCCAACCAGAAGGUAUGAUGGAGUCCCUACUCCGAGCUAGACGUAAUACCUUCAAGAUGCUCUGGAUCGUCUUCAUCACCUUCCUGGUGUGCUGGACACCAAACCAGGUCAUCUUUCUCUUGUUCAAUCUGGGUUGGAAGCUCAACUUCGACGAGUGGUACUACCUGCUCUCUGUAGUGAUGGUGGCCGCUAAUUGCUGCGUCAAUCCGGUCAUCUACGCCUUCAAGUAUCGUCAAUUCCGCAAGGGGUUACGCCAAGUAUUUUGCAGACGACUCAUGCGCCUUGAAGAAGCUUCCAAUUCCGUGUCUUUCACGCAAACAAGAUAG